AUGAGUAAUAUUGCACCGAACAACCUUUCACAGUUCAUGAUGGACCUCUUUCCAGACCAGAAAGAGUGUGAGCAAGUCCUCAUGGAAGUGACCAGUGACGAGUUUUCAGCGAAGUGUGUGGAGGAUCUGAAAUUUAUCGAUUGGAAGUGUAUUGUAGGGAAGUUGACUGUGAAGCAGCGUGGGAUCAUUGCGGCCAAAAUUAAAGAAAUUGCAAAAGAACAAAAGCAACAGACAGAGGUGUUUAAGAUGACGGGUAACAUCAUUAAAAUGAAUUUGUUUAAACCGCCAAAGUACGGCUAUCAAAUGGACUAUCGAAUAUGGUCUGUCGAACAAACAACUGAUUUUAUGUUAAAAAAUGGCAUCUCAAAGACAGCUGCGACUGCUUUAAAAGAUUUGGAUGGGAACAAAUUAGUCAACUUCGAUGAGAAGAAAUUGGGAUGGUUUGAAGGGUUUAAGAUUAAAGGGGAAGUCCUUGAUAAAGUACGAGCGUGUGGACUUCUCGCACAAAAGGAACUUGCAUCAACCAUGAUAGUAAGAGCGGCUCGUCAAUAUGAAUUUCGGAAGAUGAAUAAACUGUAUGCCUAUCGUACGAACGUAGCUCAGGAGUUAUUGUCCACCGAGGAGAGUUAUGUCCAACAACUGAAGUUGCUUGUUGAAGAGUUUGUCAAACCGAUUACUCGAGACCAAAUUAUCCCAGCGGAGACUUCGCGAAAGAUAUUUAGUGACAUAGAAAUGAUCUUAUCUGUCAACACCAAGUUUCUUGAGUCAUUUCAGAAAGUAAUUAAAGUGUGGAAUAGCGAAUCGAGUAUUGGAGGACUGUUUGUGAAGAUGGCGCCAUUCUUAAAAAUCUAUGGCGAGUAUUGUAAGAACUAUCCAGAAGCUUUGAAGGAGUUGGCAAGCUUGGGGAAGGAACAUAAGUUCUAUGAAGAGUACCAUCGAGUAAUGGAAGAGAAGGCGCCGGAAGAGUACAAGAACUUUGAGUUGACGUCAUUUUUGAUCACGCCCAUUCAACGUAUUCCUCGAUACAAAUUGCUCUUAAAUGAUCUAUUGAAACACACACCACAUAACCAUAUCGACUACAAAGAUUUGUCUGAUGGGUUUAAUUUGAUCUCACAAGUUGCGAUCAGUGUGAACGACUUUAGUAAGCAAGCUGAGCAUAUGGAACAAGUGAAUGACUUGUCUUCGCGGAUUACAGAGUUACCAAGUGAAGUCAAUUUCCAAGAACCUGGGAGAAUCUAUCAGAAGGAUGGCAUCUUAUUAGUGUGUUUUAAAAAGAAGUAUGUACCAUGCCACUGCAUCUUGUUCUCUGACAUUUGUGUCUUUGCUGAAUAUUCACAAAGUCUGCUGUCGAAGACAUUGAGUAAGAAAUUUGUGUAUAAGACGCACGUUGUUGUGAAUUUACUCAAAGUUGAGACGGAGAUGACUGAAGUUCCUAAGAGUAAGGAGAUAGCUGGGGACUGUAUCUUCUCUGUCAUCUCUGGGAAGAAUGUGUUCUACAUCGGGACAAAAACAACAAAAGAGAAGGAUGAAUGGGUCAAAGUAUUUAACACAACAAUAGAAAAGGCCAUCGAAAGGAAAAAAAUGUUUGAAGACAAAGCUCUUGAAGCAUCGAAACAGAAAGCUGAAGUCGCGAAAAACAUGUUGGAUGUGAAGUAUCAAUCCCUCAAAUUUAAUCAAACAAGAAAAUGGUCUGAAAGAGGAAAGAGUGUUGCGAAGAUGUCUUGUGUCGAGAAGUGGAGAAUAGCACAAGAGGCAAAACAGAGUAUGGAAGAGACAGCAGACUUGGCCGGACGCGAGAGAAGAAAUUCGUAUAUGGACUUGAUGAGCUCAACACCAGUGAAAGGAGAAUCGACUGAUAAACCUAUCAUCGAUGGGUUAGUUCGAACUUCUACACCUGUUCUCAGCCCAACACCAAUGUCUCCGAAGCCAAAAUAA